AUGAUUGAUGCUGGGAAAGAGUAUGGGUUCAUGGAGCGAUUAUUGAUCGUGAUGGGACGAUUCUGACUUGUGCUCAUGUUGUUGUCGACUUUGAAGGGGCGAGGACAGUUUCAAAAGGUUGAUGUGACAUUGCAAGAUGGCCGAGAAUAUAUUGGCACUGUAGUUAAUGCAGAUCUCCGUUCUGAUAUUGCUAUUGUGAAGAUUGAAGCCAAGACUCCUUUACCAGCAGUGAAGCUCGGGUCAUCAAGUAAGCUUCGGCCUGGAGACUGGGUUGUCGCUGUUGGCUGCCCACUUACUCUGCAAAAUACUGUUACUGCUGGGAUUGUGAGCUGUGUGGACCGGAAAAGCAGUGAUUUGGGUCUUGGAGGAAUGCGAAGGGAGUACCUACAAACUGAUUGUGCAAUUAAUGAGGGAAACUCUGGUGGUCCCCUUAUAAACCUUGAUGGUGAAGUUGUAGGAAUCAAUAUAAUGAAACUACUAAAUGCAGAUGGUUUGAGCUUUGCGGUACCAAUUGAUUCAGCUGUUAAAAUUAUAGAGCACUUCAAGAAAAAUGGAAGAGUUGUUCGGCCUUGGCUUGGAUUAAAGAUGCUUGAUCUCAACGAUAUGAUCAUUGCACAGCUUAAAGAAAGGGAUGCCUCAUUUCCUGAUGUGAGCAAAGGUGUGCUAGUGCCCAUGGUAACUCCAGGAUCUCCAGCUGACCGUGCUGGGUUUCGCCCAGGGGACGUGGUCAUUGAAUUUGACGGGAAACCUGUGGGAAGUGUUAAAGAGAUAAUCAAUAUAAUGGGGGACAAGAUCGGUGUUCCUUUGAAAGUACUUGUUAAACGAGCAAACAACAAAUUUGUAACUUUAACUGUUGUACCAGAGGAAGCAAAUCCAGCUCAUUGAUUUCUUUUCUUUUGUAUUUUUCGCCAUACAAGUUAUGAGGUGAUGUGAUUCUUAGAACUCAAGAAAAUAUGAGUUUAUCUACCAUUACAAGAGAAAUUAAGAAAUUUUUUA